AUGUCGUACAAUAAUGAUGGUUAUUAUCAACCACCUUAUUCAUCGGUAUCUUCAAUGCAGACACCAUCUCGUACCCCACCACCGAUAGUUGAUGCACCAACAAACCCUUCAACUGCUAUAUUCAAUGCUAUAUUACAAGACAAUGUAGGAUUAGUUAGAUCAAUUUUAAAUCAAACAAAUUAUGAUCUUAAUAACCUUAGGAACAAAGAUGGAAAAACUCCUCUUAUGGUGGCUGCCUGUGAAAAUUGUCCACAUGUUACUACAUUUCUAUGUCAACUAGAUAAUUUAUUAAUUGACUUGCAAAACAAUGAUGGUGAUUCAGCAUUACAUCAAGCUGCUGCUGCAGGAAAUAUUGGAAUCGUUGAAAUACUGAUAAAUGCAAAAGCUACUGUCGAUUUGUGUAAUAAUGAGAAUAUUACUCCACUUAUAAUUGCCGCUUAUAAUGGUCACGCUGACGUUUGUCGAGUUCUUAUUGAUCUCGGUAAUGCAAAUGUCGAUUUCCUAGAUAACUCACGUAAGGCUGCUUUAACCUUGGCUGCUUAUGAGGGACAUGUAGAAGUUAUCAAAGUUUUAUUGGCUCGAAGGGCUAAUGUUAACAUAAUAGACGAGUAUGGUUGGACAGCUUUAAUGCUUGCGGCGUUUUCGGGUCAUUCAUCUGUGUGUCAUUUAUUAUUAGAAAAUAACGCUAAUAAGAAUAUUGCUGCAAAAAAUGGUAAAACUGCUGUUAUUCUUGCGAGAGAAGCUGAUCAUCAUGAUACUGCAAAUAUUAUAGAAAAUUAUAUUCCUGGUGCUUCUUCCUUUUUACCAAAUGGUAUACAAGUUGAAGUAGUCACUACUCCAAAUUAUCCACCUGAUCCGGUACCAUAUUCUGCUCCGUAUGCAGUAAAUGAUUACUUUCAUAUUCCAAUACCGAGUGCAGAAGAUCCUUAUUCAUCACCAAAGGGUUUCAUAAUGCCACUUGAACGUAGAGAUACUAAACGAACACUUAUACCUAAAAAUUCUGGUCGUCGCAAAGCUUUAUAUGUUAAUAUAGACGCGAAUUCUAACGGAAAUAAGGUGCAUAUCACCACUGCACCUCAUGUAAGAAAAGACAUGGCUCCUAGGGAUAAAAAAACUUUAUGGGUUUAUUUUUCAUGGGCUGUCACAGCAUGUUGUCUUAAUCCUUUUUUAUCAAAAGUCUGUGGAAUGAAAGAUUCGAAUACUCGUCAGGCAUGGCACAUUCUUAGACUUUACGGUCCAGAUGUACCAGGUAUGAAAGUACAUAUUGUCCGUGGUAGACUUUACAAUACUGGAAUUUAUUUCUCUAGCGGUAGCCAUCGCCCAAUCGCUCCUUUUAAUGAUUCGGAUUUAUUUCCAAUUAUUUCUGCAAGAUUUGGACAAGAUAUUUCGGACUUCUUCCCACCGGAUGAUCAAACUUUAAGAUGCAAUGCUGUACCAUCAAAUAGUAGUAGCAUUUGUAAUCAAAAUGGUGAUAAUAGAUACCAUUGUCAUACCUCUUCUGCUUCAUAUGCUGCAUUAAGAAGUUUAGAUUUGAACUUGUUCGUUGGGUACACGUGGGAUAAUAUCACUGAUACUAAGAAUAAAUUGUUUGUAUAUAAAGAUAAUGUCUAUGAUUUGAGCGCAUAUUUAAAUUUACAGCCAAAUGAUCAAUGGCUUGGUAAUAGUUCGACCACUUGGGUAUCAAGCCUCGUGGGUCGUGAUGCUACAAUGGAUAUAAUGCAUACUCAAAGGACAAAAGAUAUUGCUAAUUGUUUUGACCAUUUCUUAGUGGGUAAACUUGAUGGUACAACUUUAGGAUGUAUAACAACAAGUACAGUUAUAAUUUUGAUGACUGUAACAUUUAUUAGUAUUACUUUGAUCAAGUUUACAUCUGCUGUAGCUUUCGAUUGGUUUGUAUCAUGGCAAUUGGGUAAAAUAUCAAAGAUACCAAAACCAGACAAUGCUAUCACAUAUAUAAUAAUGUUGGUUACAUGUUAUUCAGAAGGUGAACAAUCUAUACGUACCACGCUUGAUUCUUUAGCUGAAACUAAUUACUCUGGCAAACACAAAUUAUUAUUCGUAAUUGCUGAUGGUAAUAUCACUGGUUCAGGCAAUGAUAGGUCAACACCGCAAAUUUGUAAAGAUUUGUUAGUACCUUUUGAUCCAAGUGAUCCUCCACCAGAACCUAAAUCUUAUCAUGCUAUUGGUGAUGGAUUAAAACAGCAUAACAUGGCAGAAGUCAGUAUAGGAUACUAUGUUGUUGGUACCCGUCGCAUUCCCAUGUGUUUAGUAAACAAAGUUGGAGCUGAACAAGAAAUGAAUGGACCUAAAGCUGGUAAUCGUGGAAAGCGUGAUUCUCAACUGAUCUUGAUGAAAUGGCUUAGUCAUAUUUGCUUUAAUGAACGAUUGACACCCUUGGAAUUUGAUUUAUUUGAAAAAGUUAGUAUUUUAACUGGCGUGACACCUAGCGCGUUUGAAAUGAUUCUUAUGGUGGAUGCAGAUACGUACGUUAAACCUGAUAGUGUUAGUCAUAUGGUAGCAGCUAUGGAGCGUGAUCCAAAAGUUAUGGGGCUUUGUGGUGAAACAAAAAUUGCAAAUAAAGCCGAUAGUUGGGUUACCAUGAUUCAAGUAUUUGAAUAUUACAUUUCGCAUCAUCUAGGAAAACCCUUUGAAUCAAUUUUCGGUGGUGUUACUUGUUUACCUGGAUGUUUUUGCAUGUAUCGCAUCAAAGUACCAAAGUAUGAUGGUCAUAUAGUACCAAUCCUUGCUAAUCCAGAUGUUGUAGAAAUGUAUGCUUCAAACAGCGUAGAAACGUUGCAUCAAAAAAAUUUAUUACUUCUUGGAGAAGAUCGUUAUCUUACAACUUUAAUGUUACGAACAUUCCCAAAAAGAAAAAUGAUAUAUGUACCCAAGGCUAUAUGUAAAACUGUAGUACCAGAUAAUUUCAAAGUUUUAUUAUCACAACGCCGAAGAUGGAUUAAUUCAACAAUUCAUAAUUUAAUGGAACUUAUUUUAGUACCACAACUUUGUGGCAUAUUUUGUUGUUCUAUGCAAUUUGUAAUUUUCUUGGAAUUGGUUGGAACUGUAGUAUUACCUUCAUCACUAUUGUUUAUGAUAUAUUUGUUUUUUUCAGCUAUUAAUGGCAAUGACGUGUCAGUGCCCCUUAUUUUUAUAGCUUCCACGUAUUUUUUACAGGCUUUUUUGAUUGUCUUUACAUCACCUAGACCUACAUACAUUAUAUGGAUGAUCGUGUUCAUACUUUCUACACCUAUAUGGUACUUCGUAUUGCCAUUAUAUGCAUUCUGGCAUUUCGAUGAUUUUUCAUGGGGAGCAACUCGUAAAAUCACAGGUGUGGAUAAUGGACAUGGUCAUAGUGUUGUUUUCCAAUUUGAUCCGGUUAAUAUUCCGAUGAAAAAAUGGACUCAAUGGAAAGUUGAACAAAUAGGUGCAAAAAACUUAAUUGAUUGGUACGGUAAUAUGAAAGAAAGUAAUAAAGGGUUUACGAAACCACAAAAAAUUCCUUUACACGGAGGAUAUAAUCAAAUGAACAGUUUACCUAGCUUACCAUCACCUGGUAGACGUGAAGAGGAAACUACGAGACGAGCUUCACGUGAAUAUAAAUAUACUAGUAGAAAACCAGUUGGUGGGCUGCAGCCAUCAACUGAAUAUAAAUUUGAUAGCGAAAAGCCUAUCAGUAGAUCGCCACAAACUAUAGAUUUUUCACCUACAAAUAGUGAAUCUCAACCUAUAGUUUCUUCACCUGGUCAUGGUGGAUCUCAGUAUAAGUCACUAUCUCUGCCACAAACUAUAGAUUUUUCACCUACAAAUGGUGAAUCUCAACCUAUAGUUUCUUCACCUGGUUAUGGUGGAUCUCAGUAUAAGCCACUACCUCUGCCACAAACUAUAGAUUUUUCGCCUACAAAUAGUGAAUCUCAACCUAUAGUUUCUUCACCUGGUUAUGGAUCUCAGUAUAAGCCACUACCUAAGGCACCUUCAUCUGGAAUUAACUUUGAAACGAACGGAAGACCUGUUGGACCCAGGUCACCUGAAUUCAAUAAAGAUUAUGGUGAUUUAAAUAUAAUUUUUAAAGACAGCUAA